UAUGAAUAUCAUUAGACACGUGGUAACAAUGGAGGUAAAGAGUAGAGGGAUUGAAUGUGAACUGGGUAUCAUUACUAGAGCUGAUGGAUCUGCUCAAGUAAAGCAAGGGAACACAAUUGUGACGUGCGGUGUGUACGGCCCUGUCGAAGCGAAAUCAGCUCGAGAGAAGGUAGACAAAGCUGUUGUCGAAGUGAUUGUAAAAAGUGAAACUGGUCUGCCCGGCCCAUAUGAAAAGGAACUGGAAUUAUUGAUGUCCUCUUGCUGUGAGACAAUGAUACUCACUCAUUUACACCCUCAUACUGCCAUUAGUGUCAGCAUUCAGAUACAGAGUGACAAUGGCUCUGUUAUUGUUUGUAUGGUUCAUGCUUUAUGCUGCUCGCUUCUUGACGCUUGUCUUCCACUGAAGACUACAUUCUCUGCUAUUAAAUGUGCUUUUCUUUCUGAUGGUAGCAUGUUAACUGAUCCCACUACACAACAGGAAGAGACUGCAACUUCACAGCUAACAUACAUCAUUGAUAGGAAAGGGAAACUGGUGGCAUCACAUGCAACAGGAUCAUUUGAUACAGAAGAGUACAUAAAAGGUCUAUCAGUAGCAUCAAGUACUGCCGUUCAUAGAACAGACUUCUAUCGUGAAACUAUUUCUCGUAAAAUGUCUCGAAUAAAACAAUAAUUAAAAUCACGCAUUAUUAUAAAUUGGAAAAUAUUGAUUGAAAA